CGGCUUCCGGAGAGGGUUUACUCUGGCAGUCGGUGGCGUGGGGACCCGCAAACUCUGGAGCCCGGUCGUAGCCGCGCGCGGGGUCUGUGCGCCCUUAGCGCGCAGUGGACUUGGAGGAGGCCUGUAAGCGUCCGCUUCUCCCUCCUGCUAUUUCCUGCUGACUUUCUGUAAUCUUGGGUUCUGGGAACGUGAGUUACUGGGACUGUGAAGUUUUGGUUACCGUGGCAACCGCCACGACGGUUGAUUUCACAUUCAGAUGUUACUUCAAGCUUUUGCGCCGAACGGCUGAAUUUGAUUUUUGAAAGCUUAAUCUGGAUGGAAGGCAGAGAAACAGAGUUUGAGGCAGCUCUUGGGAGAUGGCCCAGCAGGUCGUAGCGAUUACCGUCAAGCCAGUUGCCUGAGGAUUAACAUGUACUGAUGCUAACUGAUACUCUCGAUUUGGAAUAAAUAUGAGCAAAUUCUGUGACGAAUUGACAAGGCUUGCGGUGGCAGAGCGUGACAAGAGAGAAGCUUCUGUGUUGUCUAAUCCUGGAAUGCAUUUCCCAUGGCUUCAGGAGCGCAUAGAAACUGUCGUGACUGGAGGGAAGAAGAAGAGGGAUUUUACUCAGACAACAAGUGCUUGUUUAAGCUUCAUCCAAGAAGCCCUGCUGAAGCACCAGUGGCAGCAAGCUGCAGACUAUAUGCACAGCUACUUACAGACCCUGGAAGACUCGGACACCUUCAAGAGACAGGCUGCCCCCGAGAUCAUUUGGAAGCUUGGAAGUGAAAUUCUAUUUUAUCAUCCUAAAAGCAAUGUGGAGACUUUUAAUAACUUUGCUGACCGGAUGAAAAAUAUUGGUGUCUUGAACUAUUUAAAGAUCUCCUUACAACACGCGUUGUAUCUUUUACAUCAUGGAAUGCUGGAGGAUGCAAACAGAAACCUCACUGAUGCAGAGGCAUGGCGGUAUGGUGAAAAGUCGUCCUCUCAGGAAGUGCUGAUCAACCUUGUUCAGGCCUACAAAGGGCUUUUACAGUACUACACGUGGUCCAGGAAGAAGAUGGAGCUGUCAGAGCUGGAUGAGGAUGAUUAUGCUUACACUGCAAAAACUCAACACAUGCUCAACCAGAGCUGCAAGACAUCUGCAAGUAUUUCUGCGCUGCUCAAAACUCCCGGGGUUUGGGACCCUUUUGUGAAGAGUUACGUGGAGAUGCUAGAAUUCUAUGGUGAUCAAGAUGGAGCCCGAGAAAUACUCACCAAUUAUGCGUAUGAUGAAAAGUUUCCCUCAAACCCCAAUGCCCACAUCUACUUAUAUGAAUUUCUGAAGAGAGAGAAGGCACCAAGAGCGAAACUGAUAAGUGUUCUUAAGAUUUUACAUGGGAUUGUGCUAUCCCAUCCACUGAUGUUAGAAUUCCAUACAAUGCUUAGGAAAUCAGAGACAGAAGAACACCGGAAGCUGGGCUUGGGCGUAUUAUUUGAAUUCCUUGAUUUUGCUGGAUGCACUAAGAACAUAACUGCCUGGAAAUACUUGGCAACGUAUCUGAAGCAGACAUUAAUGGAAAGCCAUCCGGCGUGGGUCGAAGAAGAGUGGAAAUCUAGGAGAAGCUGGUGGCCGACCUUUCACUUCAGCUUCUUUUGGGCAAAGAGUGAUUGGAAGGCAGAUGCUGACUUAGCUUAUGAGAAAGCUUUUGUAGCAGGAAUCCUUUUAGGAAAAGGUUGUAGAUAUUUUCGCUAUAUUUUGAAACAAGAUCAUGAAACCUUGAAGAAGAAAAUUAAGCGAAUGAAGAAGUCUGUGAAAAAAUACAGUAUUGUAAAUUCAGGUGUUCGCACCUAGACGGUAAGCUGCUUUGCAGCUGUUACCACAGUGUGGUGGUGCUCAUUGGUUAUCGAAUGUGAGUGGUUGAUGUUUUAAGAUGGCUUUUCAAAUUAUUAUAAGCGUGUGCAUACACACGUGUACAUCCACAUGUGGCUGCUACCUGUCACUGUUCUUGGUCUUGGCAUGCC